UAAUUUGAGUUUUCAGCCCCUGUUUUAUUUUUCUAAAGAGAAGAGCUGUCAGUGUUGAGUGACUGACUUCUCAGCGAUUCUGACGUUUCUCUGCUCACUUUAUUUUCAUAUUUUCUAGCCAAGUAUCGUUUUGUUUCUUUAGUUGUGCAAAAGUAAAGGAUAAAAUCAUGUCUACAGCAGACAUACCAGAGAUAUUCAGGGCUUUUCUGGAAACACCAUUUACUUUACCAAGCUUUGACAUAAAUGAAACAGACAAGGAGAAGUUAGGAUUGGACAAUGAUGCCGACCUUAGCGGAGGAGGCAGCGGGAUGGAGCCAUCAGCCGCCCUCACCCCAGCCAUCUGGGACAAGACCAUUCCCUACAACGGUGAGAACUUCCACUUGGAGUACAUGGACCUGGAGGACUUCCUCAUGGAGAACGGCAUCGCCGCCUCACCCGAAGAAGAGGUCACAGUCAAGACGGAGCAGGUCAAGUCGAAGCCGACCGACCCUGCGUCCCUGACACCUGUCAACGAGCUGGUCAAGGGUGAUGAAGAGAUAGUGAUCAUCACAAACAGCGAGACUGACAUCACAUGUGACGUUACAGCAGAAGUAACAACAGAUCCUGCCACCCCAGACCCCAUAGAUCCCGACGACAUCCAGGUUGACGUCAACUACGAGCCGGACCCCACCGACCUGGUCCUAUCGAGCGUACCGGGGGGCGAACUGUUCGACCCUCGCAAGCACAAGUUCACCGAUGAAGAUCUCAAGCCUCAGCCCAUGAUUAAGAAAGCCAAGAAAGUGUUAGUCCCUGACGAGCAAAAGGACGAGAAGUACUGGCACAGGCGAAAGAAGAACAACGUGGCUGCCAAACGCUCACGUGACGCCCGCAGGCUAAAAGAGAACCAGAUCACUGUGCGAGCGGCGUUCCUGGAGCGCGAGAACUCUGCGCUGAGGACUGAAGUGGCCGACCUGCGCAAGGAGUGUGGCAGCUACAAGAACAUCGUGGGGAAGUACAAGGUCAAAUUUGGAAAAUUGUAAGGAACUGGGAAAACACUACACUAUUGUGAAUGACACAAGGCUGCAACGGCUUGGAAUCUUUGUUGGCCAUGUUUAUCAAAAAGGAAAAAAAUGCCCAGGAAGGGAAGUAAAAAAGCGUGGGUGGCAUUUGUUGCCUAGUAAACUGUUCCAAGUCAUGACAUAAACACAAAAUGAUGCAUCUUACUCCUUUCUUCUCUUCUCUUUCAAGUGCGCUGCCAGAAGAUGUUUAGACUACGCUUGAAUUAUUUGACUCAAGUUUGAAUAAAUAAAUCGAAUGGUGAGGUUUUAGUACUGACAAAAAGAGAUUAAAUCUGAUGAGGAAGAAGAGGAACAGAAGAUUCAACAUUUUUGAGGCAUGUGCUUCUCAUGUUCUGUACUUUUAUCAUAUAAGAGAAAUGUUUUUUUUAUCUUUAUCACAUCUCUUAUUUUUAGAUCAAUUAUAAGGCUUAGUUUAGCAAUAGUUUAACCUCAAUUUAUUGGUCGUUUUGUAGCAUGGUAAUUAUUCCAGGUUGCUUCCAUUUCUUUUCAUGUUAAACAAAAUGUAUAUUUUUUUUCUUUGGAUAGAAAUGUAAACCGUUAGAAAAUAUUGAGAUUUAUUCAGGGAAAUACAUUGUCCUGGUUUUAAGUGUGUGUGUGGUGUGUCUGGAUUGGAUGUGUGACACUCCAUCAUUUCACGUCAUGUAAAUAGUUUUUGCCAUAAAAUAGUACUUGUACGCCAUGCUCAACAUUUUUGCAUCCUGUUUUCCAUGUGUAGAAAAAAAAAUUAGCUUUCAAAUAACGAUACUUGGAGAUCAUCUUGGAGGAAACGGAACUUGCAUAGUUUGCAAGUUUGUUAUUUGACCUUUUUUUUCAUCAUUUCAAAACUACACAAAUGUUAAAGUUGAAACUAUUAGUUGUCAAAAAAUGUUAUGUAAGUAUUUCCAGUGUUCUUAAUUCAUGUUCAAUUUCUCUGCCGCUUCCACAUCGGCAUUAUUUGUUAGCAAGGAACAUGUUAAUGUAUAUAAUAAUUUUGUGGACUUAAAACAUACCUCAAUAUAUCAAAACACUUCCAGCCUUAUUCAUAAUCAAGUGCAGUUUCACAAGAUCUCAAGCAUCACCUAUAAGUGAAAUAUCAGGUUGACACCAACAACAGGGCUUCCUGACCUGUUUGUAGUUUUCAUGCUUUCUGCUACGGUUCAGGUUGCAUUGCUUUUACAGUUACGUCUUUGUAAAGUACUAUCUUGACAUUUUCAGUGGUGUAGUUACAUUUAUGUAUAUACAUUGUGUAUAAAUAAAGCCUUGUUGAGAGAA